AUGUCCUUCCAGGGAAAGAAGAGCAUCCCCCGGAUCACGAGUGACCGCCUCCUGAUCAGAGGGGGGAGGAUCGUGAACGAUGACCAGUCCUUUCACGCUGACCUGUAUGUGGAGGACGGCCUGAUAAAACAAAUUGGAGAAAACCUCAUCGUCCCUGGGGGCAUCAGAACCAUCGAUGCCCACGGCCUGCUGGUCCUGCCAGGCGGAGUCGACGUCCACACGCGGCUGCUGAUGCCCGUGCUGGGCAUGACCCCCGCCGAUGACUUCUGCCAGGGGACCAAGGCCGCCCUGGCGGGGGGCACCACCAUGAUAUUGGACCACGUGUUCCCCGAGGCGGGGGUAAGCCUGCUGGCGGCCUACGAGCAGUGGCGGGAGCGAGCGGACGGCGGGGCCUGCUGCGACUACUCCCUGCACGUGGACAUCCCCCGCUGGCACGAGAGCACCAGGGAGGAGCUGGAGGCCCUGGUCAGGGACAAGGGUGUGAACUCCUUCCUGGUCUUCAUGGCAUACAAGGACAGGUACCAGUGCACGGACAGCCAGAUGUAUGAGAUCUUCAGUGUCAUCCGGGACCUGGGGGCCCUGGCCCAAGUGCACGCGGAGAACGGGGACAUCGUGGACGAGGAGCAGAAGCGGCUGCUGGAACUCGGUGUCACCGGUCCCGAGGGCCACGUGCUCAGCCACCCCGAGGAGGUGGAAGCUGAGGCCGUGUACCGCGCCGUCACCAUCGCCAGGCAGGCCAGCUGCCCCCUGUAUGUCACCAAGGUCAUGAGCAAGCCCGCAGCCGACGUGAUCGCCCGGGCCAAGCGGCGAGGGGUGGUGGUGUUCGGGGAGCCCAUCACCGCUGGCCUGGGCGCGGACGGCUCGCACUACUGGAGCAAGAACUGGGCCAAGGCGGCCGCGUUUGUCACGUCGCCCCCCGUCAACCCGGACCCCAGCACCGCGGACCACCUCACCGCCCUGCUGUCCAGCGGGGACCUCCAGGUGACCGGCAGCGCCCACUGCACCUUCACCACCGCCCAGAAGGCCGUCGGCAGAGACAACUUCACGCUCAUCCCCGAGGGCACCAAUGGCGUGGAGGAGCGCAUGUCCGUGGUCUGGGAGAAGUGUGUGGCCUCGGGGCAGAUGGACGAGAACGAGUUCGUUGCCGUGACCAGUACAAACGCGGCCAAAAUCUUCAACUUUUACCCGAGGAAGGGGCGGGUGGCCGUGGGCUCCGACGCCGAUCUGGUCAUAUGGAACCCCCGGGCCACGAGAAUCAUCUCUGCCAAGAGCCACAACCUGAACGUGGAGUACAACAUCUUCGAGGGCUUGGAGUGCCGAGGAGCCCCGAGCGUGGUCAUCAGUCAGGGCCGGGUUGUGCUGGAGGACGGGGCCCUGUGCGUCACCCCCGGGACCGGACGCUUCAUCCCGCGCAAGACCUUCCCUGACUUUGUCUACAAGAGGAUAAAGGCCCGCAACCGGCUGGCGGAGAUCCAUGGUGUCCCCCGAGGCCUCUACGACGGGCCGGUCCAUGAGGUGAUGGCGCCCACCAAGCCGGGGGGUGGCGCCCAGGCCCGUGCGUCUUGCCCCGGGAAGAUCUCCAUGCCCCCCUUCCGCAACCUGCACCAGUCGGGGUUCAGCCUGUCCGGCUCGCAGGCUGACGACCACAUCGCGCGGCGCACGGCCCAGAAGAUCAUGGCGCCCCCCGGCGGCCGCUCCCACAUCACGUCGCUGUCCUAG